CUCCGACAGAGCGCCGCACGCGACGCCCGCCGCCGCGCCAGCGCGUUGCUGACGCGGCGCCGCCCUCGCCGCACCAGCGCUGCGAGCAACGCGCCUCCUCGCCCGUUCUCGGCCGCGCCGCGCGAGAACGUUACCAGGACCACAAAACAACAUCCGCGCCGCCGCCACACGCCGCGCGCCCUCGUCGCCUUCGGCGCACCUCCCCAGUACCGCAAGUACCGCGCCGGUCACCUCCGCCGCCGCGCUGCGCGCCGCAACAUGGAGCUCCAGCCCGCGCCGAACGCGGCCGGCGCCGCCGACGACCGCGUGACGGCGCUCGCGCGCGCCAAGCUCGCCGAGUUCCAGCGCCUGAAGGGGAUCAAGAACCCCAUGACGCUCGAGGACGCCAAGGCGUCGCACCACAAGUUGUACAAGUCGCUCCUCGCCGAGGCCGCCGCCGAGGUCGAGGGCUCCAAGGAGAACGUCCAUCCCAACACGCCGAUGCGGCCGUCGCCCGCGCCCGCGCCGCGGCGCAAGCUCGCCGCGGCGCGCCGCCCGGCGCCGCCGCCCAAGCCCGACAGCGGCGACGCCAAGCGCCUCGAGCCCGCCGCCACGCCGAGCAGCACCAAGAAGAGAGAGCUCGAGCAGCCGCCGGACGAGGUAUGGCCCGGCGUCCGUCUUCACGCCAUCGACGCGACGUCGACCGGUGUAUUUCCACACAGGAGCCCGCGGCGAAGAAGAAGCCCACGCCGCCGGACCAGGACGACGAGUCCGAGCUCACGGACGACCAGCUGGAGGCGGUCUACGAGGCCAUCCGUAAGUCCGACCACGGCACGUCCACGAAGAAGGUCAUCCAGAGAAAGGCCGAGGUUAUUCUGGGCCUCAAGCGCGACGCCCUCAAGCCCAAGAGGGCCGCGAUCAAGAGUUUCAUGACGGAGUACGCGGCCUUUUUAAAAGACCCCGGACGACGACCUGAUGACGCCGCACCCCUGUACAGGCUGUCAUCCUCGCGACGGCGGCGCACGCCCUGCAGGCGCCGCAGUUGCAACGCGCCCCGCGCGCCGCCGCCGUUUCAGCAGUAGCGCCGGCGCCGGUCUGGGUCGCCGGGUCCAUCCUGGGCGGCGCCGCGGGCACGCCCUUCGUCGUCAAGGCGACGAACAGCUGGUACUCGGACCCGACCGUGCUCAAACUCCCGUCGUGGACGCCGCCGAACAAAGUCUUCAUGCCGGUCUGGACCGUGCUGUACGGCCUCAUCGGCCUCACGGGAUACCGGGCCGCGGUCAAUAGCGCGCUGCCCGGGCUGGCCGUCGGGCAUUACAUUGCCAACCUCGCGUGGGCGCCGCUGUUCUUCGGGCUCAAGAAACUGAAACUCGCGGCGGCGCUCCAAUUUGGGCUGCUGGGGUCCCUCGCGGCCGUCUGGUCGGCCUUCAAGAGGGACGCCCGACUCCUCAUUCCCUACGCGGUGUGGCUCUCCUACGCGACGGUGCUGAACCUCGCGAUCUGCCGGCUGAACCCGUCCGGCGUCCAGACCGUCGAGGACCGGACGCCGACCGGUGUGGCGGCGCUUUACUAA